AUGAUCGACAAACCUAAUGUGCUGAUUCGAGUUCACAAAGAUGGCACGAUUCUCUAUUCAGUUCGAAUAUCCCUAGUACUCUCUUGUCCUAUGCACCUGCAGUUUUAUCCUAUGGAUGUUCAACAAUGUUUCAUUGAUUUAGCAUCGUACGCCUAUACUACCAAGGAUAUAGGUAAUUUAGCUAGUAUAUAUUAUUAUUGUAAUAUUAUGCUAUUGGAAACCCGUCAUGAACCGGUACAACUCAAGCAGGGCUUAUCGUCAUCAUUACCUUCUUUUAAACUAAACAACGUCUCUACCACAUAUUGUACCAGUAUAACUAAUACGGGCACUUACUCAUGCCUAAGAACAGUACUGGAAUUAAGAAGACAGUUCAGUUACUACCUCCUACAACUGUACAUACCGUCUUGUAUGUUAGUAAUCGUCUCAUGGGUGUCAUUUUGGAUCGAUCGUACCGCUGUUCCAGCUCGAGUGACCCUAGGAGUCACAACAUUACUCACAAUGACCACCCAGUCGUCCGGUAUAAACGCCAAAUUGCCUCCAGUGGCCUACAUUAAAGCGAUAGAUGUGUGGAUAGGAGCGUGCCUAACAUUUAUCUUCGGGGCUUUGCUCGAGUUCGCUUGGGUUACGUACAUUGCAAAUCGGACACAAGGACGACGGAAAGAAACGAAGAGCAAAAUGUUGUUGGUACGUGAGAACGAUGAGGUCUGGGUCCCUCGGAUUAUACGGGACCAAGAGUUCGAGAAAGCGAAAGUGUUGAACAAUCGGAUGAAUCCUCAACGACCAUUCCAUCGGUGGCUGGCAAGGACUAUCGACUGGCAUGAUGAAGCGAAACGAGCGGAUCUUGUGUCGAGGCUCUUAUUCCCGUUGCUGUUUGUGUCUUUCAAUGUGGCCUAUUGGAUUCACUAUGCUCAGUAUCAGACGCCAACGUAA